AUGGAAUGCCUUCGCGACGACUUCCACGAUGGCGUCCUGCUUGGUGGUCGGUAUCAGACCAUCUCCCCCCUCAAUCAUGGCUCCUUCGGCAUGGUUUUCAUGGCCAAGGACACCAAGACGGACGAUACGGUCGCCAUCAAGUGCCUGACUAAGAAGUCGGCCGCUUCUGAUGCUUGCCUUGAGUUUGCCGUUGACGACAAGUCGGAGGAGCAAGUGUUGCACAGCCAACUAGGCUCGCAUCCGAACAUCGUCAACCUCAUCGACUCGUUCGAGACGGAUGCCCACAUCUACCUGGUGCUUGAGUUCUGCCCGCGCGGCGAUCUGUACGAGGCCAUCCGCAUCGGCCAUGGUCCGCUUGAGACAGAGCACGUGAGGCGCUUCAUGUUGGAGCUGGUCGAUGCUGUGGCAUAUAUGCACUCGAAGGGCGUCUACCACCGUGACAUCAAGCCCGAGAACAUCUUCUUGACCCAAUCGGGAUCGAUGAAGCUGGGUGACUUCGGGCUUGCGACAACCGAGAAGUGGACCUUCGAGACGACGGUUGGCAGCGACCGGUACAUGUCGCCCGAGCAGUAUGACUCAGCCGGUGCUGGGUACUCGCCUGCUCAAGCCGACAUCUGGGCAAUCGGUAUCUGUCUGCUCAACAUUCUGUUCUCGAGGAAUCCCUUUACGACCCCGACAGAGGCGGAUCCCCUGUUCCUGGACUUCUCGCGCGACAAGCAGUCGCUGUUUGACGUGUUCCCUUCCAUGUCCCAGGACACGUUCGAGGUCAUCGUGCAGUGCAUGAACCUGGACCCCAGCAAACGCUCCCUGGCCGGAGCCCGCGACGCCUUGCUUCGUGUCGUCAGCUUCACCACUCUUGACGAGGUGUUUGACGACUUCUGCACGAGCGACCGGCGUGUCGUUGCCAGUUCCAACCGCGAGCCCCUCCGCACGCCCUCCAUCCAGAGUCCGCAGGUUGACAACGGCGCCUUCCCGUGGGCUAAGGCCCUGCAGGCGACGCCCCCAAAGCCAAUUCGGCAGCUCAGCGUCAUCCCGGACGACGAGGUGUACGACGAGGACCUGUUCUCCAAAUCGGGCAGGACAACCGACUGGAUGUCGGGGACAGCGCAGACGCCAUCUAUCUCGUCGUACAUGGGCUCGAACCUCGGCCUCUCCAUGCAGUCAUUCGCCUUGCCAAAGAACUUCCGGCCCACUUUGCCGGCAAGGGCUACCGCGAAGGCUGCACCGAUGGCUGGGUCACUUCCCAUCACCAUGUCCAAGGCUCGCAACCAGUCUGCCAUGUCCUUGGUCUUUGGGCGCAAGGAUGCGGUCUCCAAGAGCUGGAGCGAUCUGUGGGACGAGGAGGAAGAGGAGGAAGAGGAGCGGGCUAGGCAACUACAGGCGCUCAAGGAAAUGAACUCGAGAACCUGGAGCCAUGAGAGCACCGCGACCCCAUCCCUAGUCGUGGACAACGACGACACUCCCCGACAGGGCCUGUCGCCGGCGACCAAGACGGCCACCCUCGCCAACGAUGAAAACAAAAUUCCAUCCAUUGAUGCGGCUUUUGCACACACCGUCGACGAGGAUCCUGAGAUGGACGGCUUGUUCCUCUACGAGGCGCCGCCCGCCAAGGAGGAGCCCCAGCUCCCGCAGCAUGUCACGUCGUCACGUCGCAGCGACAUUGACAAGUGGGCAGCGCUUGGCGAGCGGAGACGGGCGCACGUUGACAGCUCACCCCCAAAGGUCCCUGACGUUCCUCUCCGGGCAGGCGGGUCUGCCUUCCCCUCUAGCUCUCCGCUCAAGGGACACGGCGCGUUCGACAUUCACAAGGACGCCCAUCGACCGCUUUCUUCUAUUUCUGGGAACCAUUCGCCUCAACAUCACAAUCUUAACCUCCAUCAUAAUCAUCAGCACCACCAUCAGGGACGGUGGAGCAACACUCGCGACCGGGCCAAGGAAUGUCCUCGGAACAAGGGUCGCGACCGAGAUUGGAAUUGGAACUUUGACUGGCGCAAGGAGAAGCGCCCCGGCUUAGGCUAUCUAGAGUGGGUUGGUAACUGGCAGGAAACCCGCUCCUGA